ACCCCUAAAUAUUUCAGUAUGUAUUUUCCAAGAAUAGGGAUAUUCCCUUUCAUAACCACAGUACAGUUAUUGACAGUUAUCAAUAUCAUACAUUUACGUUAUUACAGAACUUUUCUAUAAUCUGCUUCUAAUUUUGUCAGUUAAUCUAAUUAUGUCCAUUUUAAAGCAUUCCUCUUAGCAUUACAAGAUCCACCCUAGGGUCAGAGAUUUUGUGUUGUCGUGUCUUUUUAGCUUCUUUUAAUCUGGAAGACUUCUAUAGCUUUUGUUGUUUAGACUUUGAUAUGUUCAAAGCAUAAGUUCUCUCCCCAUUUCUACUCAUUCCUUAUUUGAUGUUUCUUUUGCCUAAAUCAAUUUAGGUUAGGUUACUCAUUCUUUUUUUUUUUUUUUUUUCCCGAGAUAGAGUCUUGCUCUGUUGCCCAGGCUGGAGUGUAGUGGCGUGAUCUGGGUUUACUGCAACCUCCGCCUCCCGGGUUUAAGCGAUUCUCCCACCUCAGCUUCCUGAGGUGCUGGGGGCUACAGGCACCCAUCACCACGCCCGGCUAAUUUUUGUGUUUAGAGACUGGGUUUCACCAUAUUGGCCAGGCUGGUCUCGAACUCCUGACUCCAGAUGAUCCGUCUAUCUCACACUCCCAAAGUGCUGGGAUUACAGGUGUGAGCCACUGCACCCGGCCAUAGGUUACUCAUUCUAAGCCAGAAUCCUGCAGAGGUGAUGUUGUGUCCUUCUCAGGGUAUUGCACGCAGUGUCCAUCUGUCCCUUGUAGGCUGAUGUUAAGGUGUUUCCAAUUUCUCCACUGUAGAAUUGGGCUUUUCUCCCUCCCUUUCAACAAUAAGCAUGUAAAUAUCCUCCCCUCUCCUCCAUUUAGCACUUUAGCACCCAUUGAUUCUUGCUUUAUCCAGCUUUCACUUUGAUGGUUGUAAAAUGAUGCUCGGGUGAUCUUUUGAAUCACUAUCUGUGAGUGGGUGGGUAGGAUUUAUGCACUCUUUUCAAAACGAUGCAUGACUGUAACUGUGAAUAAACUCUGCCUUUCACACUGAAAUAGAAUUCAAAUUGCUGUCCACAUUAGACAUAAAGCAGUUUUUCCAUCUAAGUGUAGGAGUUGACAUAUCGAAAUACUUGUUCUUGCCAUAAGUGGCGCUUAUGAACUAUAAAAAGUUGUAAUGAUUUAUGGAAAAUAAGAAUGUUUAUGCUUUAAAAGUGUAUGAAAUUGACUUUUCUUUCAAAAAGACAAACUGUAUAUUUUGCUCCUUUAGUGCCUUCACUCUAAGCACUCCCCAGCCAGCCUUUGGCCCUCCUGAGAUACCACACGCCUAUAUGACGUUGGUCAAGUCAUAUGACCGUUUUUAAAAAUAGACUAUUUUUAAGAGCAGUUUCAGGUUCACAGCAAAAUUGAGUGGAGAGUUUGGAGAAUUCCCAUGUGUCCCUUGCCCCAGCGUCUGCAUAGCCUCCCCCAACCCUUAUCAGCAUUCCCCACCAGAAUGGGUCGUUUGUUACAAUCAAUGAACCUACAUUGACACAUGGUUAUCACCCCAAGUCCAUAGUUUACAUUAGGGCUCACUCUUGGUGGUGUACAUUCUGUGGAUUUGGGCCAAUACAUAAUGAUGUGUACCCACCAUUAGUGUCAUACAGAAUGGCUUCACUGCCAUAAAAAUCAUCUGGGCUUCACGUAUUCAUCCCUUCCUCCCCCCCAACCCCUGGCAGCCACUGCUCUUUUUACUGUCUCCAUAGUUUUGCCUUUUUCAGAAUGUCAUAUAGUUGGAAUCAUACAUUGUGUAUCUUCCUCAGAGCGUCUUCUUUUGCUUAGCUAUAUACAUUUAAGUUCCCUCCAUGUAUUUUCAAGGCCUGAUAACUAAUUUUUCUUUCUUUUUUUUUUUUUUCCUUUUUGAGACAGAGUCUCGCUCUGUUGCCCAGGCUGGAGUGCAGUGGCGUGAUCUCAGCUCACUGCAAGCUCCGCCUCCCGGGUUCAAGCAAUUCUCUGCCUCAGGCUCCCGAGUAGCUGGGAUUGCAGGUGCCCACCACCAUGCCCGGCUAAUUUUUGUGUUUUUUUUUUUUUUUUUUUAGUAGAGACGGGGUUUCACCAUCUUGGUCAGGCUGGUCUUGAACUCAUGACCUCGUGAUCCACCCACUUCGGCCUCCCAAAGUGCUGGGAUUACAGUCAUGAGCCACCGCGCCCAGCGGUGGUUUUUUUUUUUUUUUUUUAGUGCUGAAUAGUAUUCUAUUGUCUGGAUAUACCAUACUUUAUCCACUCACUUAUUGAAGGACAUCUGAUUGCUUCCAACUUUUGGCAAUUAUGCAUAAAGCUGCUAUAAACAUCUGUGUGCAGAUGUUUUGUGUGGACAUAAAUUUUCAACUCAUUUGGGUGAAUACCAAGGAGCGUGAUUGCCAGAUCAUAUGGUAAGAGUAUGUUCAGUAUGAAAAGAAACUGCAGACUGUCCUCCCAAGUGGUUGUCCAUUUGCAUUCUCACAGAUGACUAUUUUUGAAGUCCCAGUUGGAGGGAGCAGGUGAGCUCCACCUUCUAGCCCAUAAGGCUCUGUAAGUGAUGGCUUUGUGAUGGGAACUUGACUGAUACCCUCAUGGGCGAAUACUCAAGAACUUAAAGCUCUUUACAACCAAGCCAAACCCACGAGCAGGUUCCACCAUGCCUUGGCCAUUGCCAGACAAAACCCCAUUGUGUUUUUGCUUGAUUUUCGUCCUUCUGUGACAUUGACACUUCAGGCCAGGCUAGUUGUUUUGCAGAACGUCCUUCAUUGUGGAUUCGUCUGAUUGUUUCCUCGUGAUUAGAUGCCGUUAAACAUUUUGAUCAGCAGUGCUGCAAAGAUGAAUUCUUGUCCUUCUGAGUGCCUCACAUCAGGAAGCACAAUGACAUCUAUUCCAUUAUCGAGGAUAGGUCUGAUCACUUGGUUAAAGUGGUGCCUGCCAGAUUUCUCCAUUGUCGAGGUCCUUUUUGUUUGUUUUGUUUCUUUUUUUCUUUUUUUCUUUUUUUUUUUUGAGACAGUCUUGCCCUGUCUUCCAGGCUGGAGUGCAGCGGCGCGAUCUCGGCUCACUGCAACCUCCACCUCCCUGGUUCAACCGAUUCUCCUGCCUCAGCCUCCCGAGUAGCUGGGAUUACAGAUAUGUGCCACCACUCUCGGCUAAUUUGUUUGUAUUUUCAGUAGAGAUGAGGUUUCACCAUGUUGGCCAGGCUGGUCUCGAACUCCUGAUCUCAGGUGAUCCGCCCGCUUUGGUCUCCCGAAGUGCUGGGACUACAGGCGUGAGCCACCGCGCCAGGCCUCGAGGCCCUUUUUUUAAAAAAAUUGUCAGGGAAGUUCAGCGGCGUCUUGGCAGUUGGUUAGCAGGAUGAUUUUCGGCCUCAGCAAGCUUGGGUUUGAAGAGACCCCACUGGGGCGGUCCGCAGGACCCCCGGGGGUUUCCUGGGAGGUCCAGGGCUAGCGCCGGGCGCGAGGAGGCUGCGCCGUUUGUGACGUUAGCGGCCGGCUUCCCGGGCCCAGGCUUUCGCAAGCUAUGGCAGCCGGCAGGGGCGCGCUGGGCCUCGCGGGCGGCUGUUGGGCUGCCCCUGCCGGCGGGCUGCGCGCGCCAUGCCCUGGUGGAGUAAACUCUGCAGUGAGUAGCACGUGCCCCCAAGCGGCAGUUCGCCCCGCGGCGAUGGCGGACACGGAAUCCCGAGGGCCACCACCAACUGUCCCUUAGGACCGACCCGAGAUGGUUGGACAGAGAGACUCUGAAGAUGUGAGCGAAAGAGACACCGAUAAAGAGAUGGCUGCUAAGUCAGCAGUUGUUCACGACGUCACAGAUGAUGGGCAGGAGGAGACGCCCGAAAUAAUCGAACAGAUUCCUUCUUCAGAAAGCAAUUUAGAAGAGCUAACACAACCCACUGAGUCCCAGGCUAAUGAUAUUGGAUUUAAGAAGGUGUUUAAGUUUGUUGGCUUUAAAUUCACUGUGAAAAAGGAUAAGACAGAGAAGCCUGACACUGUCCAGCUACUCACUGUGAAAAAAGAUGAAGGGGAAGGAGCAGCCGGGGCUGGCGACCACCAGGACCCCAGCCUUGGGGCUGGAGAAGCAGCAUCCAAAGAAAGCGAACCCAAACAAUCUACAGAGAAACCCGAAGAGACCCUGAAGCGCGAGCAAAGCCACACGGAAAUUUCUCCCCCAGCCGAAUCUGGCCAAGCAGUGGAGGAAUGCAAAGAGGAAGGAGAAGAGAAACAAGAAAAAGAGCCCAGCAAGUCUGCAGAAUCUCCGACUAGUCCCAUGACCAGUGAAACGGGAUCGACCUUCAAAAAAUUCUUCACUCAAGGUUGGGCCGGCUGGCGCAAAAAGACCAGUUUCAGGAAGCCGAAGGAGGAUGAAGUGGAAGCCUCAGAGAAGAAAAAGGAACAAGAGCCAGAAAAAGUAGACACAGAAGAAGACGGAAAGGCAGAGGUUGCCUCCGAGAAACUGACCGCCUCCGAGCAAGCCCACCCACAGGAGCCAGCGGAAAGUGCCCACGAGCCCCGGUUAUCAGCUGAAUAUGAGAAAGUCGAGCUGCCCUCAGAGGAGCAAGUCAGUGGCUCGCAGGGACCUUCUGAAGAGAAACCUGCUCCGUUGGCGACAGAAGUGUUUGAUGAGAAAAUAGAAAUCCACCAAGAAGAGGUUGUGGCCGAAGUCCACGUCAGCACCGUGGAGGAGAGAACCAAGGAGCAGAAAACGGAGGUGGAAGAAACAGCAGGGUCUGUGCCAGCUGAAGAGUUGGUUGAAAUGGAUGCAGAACCUCAGGAAGCCGAACCUGCCAAGGAGCUGGUGAAGCUCAAAGAAACGUGUGUUUCCGGAGAGGACCCUACACAGGGAGCUGACCUCAGUCUUGAUGAGAAGGUGCUGUCCAAACCCCCCGAAGGCGUUGUGAGUGAGGUGGAAAUGCUGUCAUCACAGGAGAGAAUGAAGGUGCAGGGAAGUCCACUAAAGAAGCUUUUUACCAGCACCGGCUUAAAAAAGCUUUCUGGAAAGAAACAGAAAGGGAAAAGAGGAGGAGGAGACGAGGAAUCAGGGGAGCACACUCAGGUUCCAGCCGAUUCUCCGGACAGCCAUGAGGAGCAAAAGGGCGAGAGCUCUGCCUCAUCCCCUGAGGAGCCCGAGGAGAUCACGUGUCUGGAAAAGGGCUUAGCCGAGGUGCAGCAGGAUGGGGAAGCUGAAGAAGGCGCUACUUCCGAUGGAGAGAAAAAAAGAGAAGGUGUCACUCCCUGGGCAUCAUUCAAAAAGAUGGUGACGCCCAAGAAGCGCGUUAGACGGCCUUCGGAAAGCGAUAAAGAAGAUGAGCUGGACAAGGUCAAGAGUGCUACCUUGUCUUCCACCGAGAGCGCAGCCUCUGAAAUGCAAGAAGAAAUGAAAGGGAGCGUGGAAGAGCCAAAGCCAGAAGAACCGAAGCGCAAGGUGGAUACCUCAGUAUCUUGGGAAGCUUUAAUUUGUGUGGGAUCAUCCAAGAAAAGAGCAAGGAAAGGGUCCUCUUCUGAUGAGGAAGGGGGACCAAAAGCAAUGGGAGGAGACCACCAGAAAGCCGAUGAGGCCGGAAAAGACAAAGAGACGGGGACAGACGGGAUCCUUGCUGGUUCCCAAGAACAUGAUCCAGGGCAGGGAAGUUCCUCCCCCGAGCAAGCUGGAAGCCCUACCGAAGGGGAGGGCGUUUCCACCUGGGAGUCAUUUAAAAGGUUAGUCACACCAAGAAAAAAAUCAAAGUCCAAGCUGGAAGAGAAAAGCGAAGACUCCAUAGCUGGGUCUGGUGUAGAACAUUCCACUCCAGAUGCCGAACCCGGGAAAGAAGAAUCUUGGGUCUCAAUCAAGAAGUUGAUUCCCGGACGAAGGAAGAAAAGGCCAGAUGGGAAACAAGAACAAGCCCCUGUUGAAGACGCAGGGCCAACAGGGGCCAACGAAGAUGACUCUGAUGUCCCGGCCGUGGUCCCUCUGUCUGAGUAUGAUGCUGUAGAAAAGGAGAAAAUGGAGGCACAGCAAGCCCAAAAAAGCGCAGAGCAGCCCGAGCAGAAGGCAGCCGCUGAGGUGUCCAAGGAGCUCAGCGAGAGUCAGGCUCAUAUGAUGGCAGCGGCUGUCGUUGAUGGGAUGAGGGCAGCUACCAUUAUUGAAGAAAGGUCUCCUUCUUGGAUAUCUGCUUCAGUGACAGAACCUCUUGAACAAGUAGAAGCUGAAGCCGCACCAUUAACUGAGGAGGUAUUGGAAAGAGAAGUAAUUGCAGAAGAAGAACCCCCCACGGUUACCGAACCUCUGCCAGAGAACAGAGAGGUCCGGGGCGACACGGUCGUUAGCGAGGCGGAAUUGACCCCCGAAGCUGUGACAGCUGCAGAAACUGCAGGGCCAUUGGGUGCCGAAGAAGGAACCGAAGCAUCUGCUGCUGAAGAGACCGCAGAAAUGGUGUCAGCAGUCUCUCAGUUAACCGACUCCCCAGACACCACAGAGGAGGCCACUCCGGUGCAGGAGGUGGAAGGUGGUGUACCUGACAUAGAAGAGCAAGAGAGGCGGACUCAAGAGGUCCUCCAGGCAGUGGCAGAAAAAGUGAAAGAGGAAUCCCAGCUGCCUGGCACCAGUGGGCCGGAAGACGCGCUUCAGCCUGUGCAGAGAGCAGAGGCAGAAAGACCAGAAGAGGAUGCUGAAGCGCCAGGUCUGAAGAAAGAGACGGAUGUAGUGUUGAAAGUAGAUGCUCAGGAGGCAAAAACUGAGCAUUUUACACAAGGGAAGGUGGUGGGGCAGACCACCCCAGAAAGCUUUGAAAAAGCUCCUCAAGUCACAGAGAGCAUAGAGUCCAGUGAGCUUGUAACCACUUGUCAAGCCAAAACCUUAGCUGGGGUAAAAUCACAGGAGAUGGUGAUGGAACAGGCUAUCCCCCCUGACUCGGUGGAAACCCCUACAGACAGUGAGACCGAUGGAAGCACCCCCAUAGCAGACUUUGACACGCCAGGCACAACCCAAAAAGACGAGAUUGUGGAAAUCCAUGAGGAGAAUGAGGUCGCAUCUGGUACCCAGUCAGGGGGCACAGAAGCAGAGGCAGUUCCUGCACAGAAAGAGAGGCCUCCAGCACCUUCCAGUUUUGUGUUCCAGGAAGAAACUAAAGAACAAUCAAAGAUGGAAGACACUCUAGAGCAUACAGAUAAAGAGGUGUCGGUGGAAACUGUAUCCAUUCUGUCAAAGACUGAGGGGCCUCAAGAGGCUGGCCAGUAUGCUGAUGAGAAAACCAAAGACGUACCAUUUGUCGAAGGACUUGAGGGGUCUAUAGACACAGGCAUAACAGUCAGUCAGGAAAAGGUCACUGAAGUUGCCCUUAAAGAUGAAGGGACAGAAGAAGCUGAAUGUAAAAAGGAUGAUGCUCUUGAACUGCAGAGUCAUGCUAAGUCUGCUCCAUCCCCCAUGGAGAGAGAGAUGGUAGUUCAAGUCGAAAGGGAGAAAACAGAAGCAGAGCCAACCCAUGUGAAUGAAGAGAAGCUUGAGCACGAAACAGCUGUUACCGUAUCUGAAGAGGUCAGUAAGCAGCUCCUCCAGACAGUGAAUGUGCCCAUCAUAGAUGGGGCAAAGGAAGUCAGCAGUUUGGAAGGAAGCCCUCCUCCCUGCCUAGGUCAAGAGGAGGCAGUGUGCACCAAAAUUCAAGUUCAGAGCUCUGAGGCAUCGUUCACUCUAACAGCUGCUGCAGAGGAGGAAAAGGUCUUAGGAGAAACUGCCAACAUUUUAGAAACAGGUGAAACGUUGGAGCCUGCAGGUGCACAUUUCGUUCUGGAAGAGAAAUCCUCUGAAAAAAAUGAAGACUUUGCCGCUCAUCCAGGGGAAGAUGCUGUGCCCACAGGGCCCGAGUGUCAGGCAAAAUCGACACCAGUGAUAGUAUCUGCUACUACCGAAAAAGGCUUAAGUUCCGACCUGGAAGGAGAGAAAACCACAUCACUGAAGUGGAAGUCAGAUGAAGUCGAUGAGCAGGUUGCUUGCCAGGAGGUCAAAGUGAGUGUAGCAAUUGAGGAGGAUUUAGAGCCUGAAAAUGGGAUUUUGGAACUUGAGACCAAAAGCAGUAAACUUGUCCAAAACAUCAUUCAGACAGCCGUUGACCAGUUUGUACGUACAGAAGAAACAGCCACUGAAAUGUUGAUGUCUGAGUUACAGACACAAGCUCACGUGAUAAAAGCUGACAACCAGGACGCUGGACAGGAAACAGAGAAAGAAAGAGAGGAACCUCAGGCCUCUGCACAGGAUGAAACACCAAUUACUUCAGCCAAAGAGGAGUCAGAGUCAACGGCAGUGGGACAAGCACAUUCUGAUAUUUCCAAAGACAUGAGUGAAGCCUCAGAAAAGACCACGACUGUUGAGGUAGAAGGUUCCACUGUAAAUGAUCAGCAGCUGGAAGAGGUCAUCCUCCCAUCUGAGGAAGAGGGAGAUGGAGCUGGAACAAAGUCUGUGCCAGAAGAUGAUGGUCAUGCCUUGUUAGCAGAAAGAAUAGAGAAGUCACUAGUUGAACCAAAAGAAGAUGAAAAAGGUGACGAUGUUGAUGAUCCUGAAAACCAGAACUCAGCCCUGGCUGAUACUGAUGCCUCAGGAGGCUUAACCAAAGAGUCCCCAGAUACAAAUGGACCAAAACAAAAAGAGAAGGAGGAUGCCCAGGAAGUAGAAUUGCAGGAAGGAAAAGUGCACAGUGAAUCAGAUAAAGCGAUCACACCCCAAGCACAGGAGGAGUUACAGAAACAAGAGAGAGAAUCUGCAAAGUCAGAACUUACAGAAUCUUAAAACAUCAUGCAGUUAAACUCAUUGUCUAUUUGGAAGACCAGAAUGUGAAGACAAGUAGUAGAAGAAAAUGAAUGCUGCUACUGAGACUGAAGACCAGUAUUUCAGAACUUUGAGAAUCGGAAAGCAGGCACAUCAACUGAUCUCAUUUCUAGAGAGCCCCUGACAAUCCUGAGGCUUCAUCAGGAGCUAGAGCCAUUUAACAUUUCCUCUUUCCAAGACCAACCUACUAUUUUCCCUUGAUAACCAUAUAAAUUCUGAUUUAAGGCCCUAAAUUCUUAACCUGGAACUGGAGUUGGCAAUACCUAGUUCUGCUUCUCAAACUGGAGUAUCAUUCUUUACGUAUUUAUAUGUAUGUUUUAAGUAAUCCUCCUUCUGUAUCUAUUGUAUAUUUUUUUCUUAAUGUUUAAGGAAAUGUGCAGGAUACUACAUGCUUUUUGUAUCACACAGUAUAUGAUGGGGCAUGUGCCAUAGUGCAGCCUUGGGGAGCUUUAAGCCUCAGUUAUAACCCACGAAAAACAGAGCUUCCUAGAUGUAACAUUCCUGAUCAAGGUACAAUUCUUUAAAAUUCACUAAUGAUUGAGGUCCAUAUUUAGUGGUACUCUGAAAUUGGUCACUUUCCUAUUACGCGGAGUGUGCUAAAACUAAAAAGCAUUUUGAAACAUACAGAAUGUUCUAUUGUCAUUGGGAAAUUUUUCUUUCUAACCCAGUGGAGGUUAGAAAGAAGUUAUAUUCUGGUAGCAAAUUAACUUUACAUCCUUUUUCCUACUUGUUAUGGUUGUUUGAACUGAUAAGUAUGCUUAAUCCUGAGGCAAAGUAGUGAAAUGUUUUAUGUGUUAUGAAGAAAAGAAUUGUAAGUUUUUGAUUCUGCUCUUAUAUGCUGGACUGCAUUCACACACGGCAUGAAAUAAGUCAGGUUCUUUACAAAUGGUAUUUUGAUAGAUACUGGAUUGUGUUUGUGCCAUAUUUGUGCCAUUCUUUUAAGAACAAUGUUGCAACACAUUCGUUUGGAUAAGUUGUGAUUUGACGACUGAUUUAAAUAAAAUAUUUGCUUCACUUA